AUGACCAAGAUCGAUGCCCUCCGUCGAUUCCUCCUCCCCUGCUUCGCCCCCUCCGCCACCUCCUCCUCCGCCGCCACCCCCACCAAGAAACGCCUCAGCACCUCCCUCCGCGACGACAUCCCCGACGCCGACCUUGACUCCUCCUCCGCAGCCGCCGCCCAAGACUCCGACCCUUCCUCCCCCUCCGCCGCGUCGGUGACCUCCUCCGUCGCGCAGCCCAGGCCGUCGAAGUCGAUGGUGAUCGGGACCAUCUUCGGGCACCGCCGAGGCCACGUGUGGUUCUGCGUCCAGCACGACCGCCUCUCGACCCGACCCGCGCUCCUCCUGGAGCUCUCGAUCUUGACCCACCAGCUCGUCAAGGAAAUGCGGUUCGGGUUGGUCCGGAUCACCCUCGAGUGCGACGACCGCUCCGAUCUCGCCACGUGUCCCCUCCGCUCCGUCCCCGUCUGGUCCCUCCACUGCAACGGCCGCAAGCUCGGGUUCGCCGCCCGGAGGAAAGCCGGCGACAAAGUCCGCCUCAUGCUCAAGACCAUGGAGUCCACCACCGUCGGGGCCGGGGCUCUACCCGCCGGGUUCGGGUUCGGGUCGGGCACGUCGGACUCGGACGGCCCGGUUAUGUACAUGAGGGCGAAUUACGAGCACGUGAUCGGGAGCGCGGACUCGGAGUCGUUUCAUCUGAUCAACCCGGAUCAGUGCCCGGGUCAAGAACUCAGUGUCUUCUUGCUCCGGUCCAGAAACUCGGUCUGA